UGAAGGGUCAGCUCAGAGACGGAAGUGCUCUAUCUUGUUGCCGGAAGUGGGAAGAGAGAAAGGUUGUGAUGGCGGCUGUCGCUGCAUCCGAGGUGCUGGUGGACAGCGCGGAAGAGGGGUCCCUCGUUGCGGCGGCGGAGCUGGCCGCUCAGAAGCGCGAACAGAGACUGCGCAAAUUCCGGGAGCUGCACCUGAUGCGGAAUGAAGCUCGUAAAUUAAAUCACCAGGAAGUUGUGGAAGAAGAUAAAAGACUAAAAUUACCUGCAAAUUGGGAAGCCAAAAAAGCUCGUUUGGAGUGGGAACUACAGGAAGAAGAAAAGAAAAAGGAGUGUGCAGCAAGAGGAGAAGACUAUGAGAAAGUGAAGUUGCUGGAGAUCAGUGCAGAAGAUGCAGAAAGAUGGGAGAGGAAAAAGAAGAGGAAAAACCCUGAUCUGGGAUUUUCAGAUUAUGCUGCUGCCCAGUUACGCCAGUAUCAUCGGUUGACCAAGCAGAUCAAACCUGACAUGGAAACAUAUGAGAGACUGAGAGAAAAACAUGGAGAAGAGUUUUUCCCAACAUCCAAUAGUCUUCUUCAUGGAACACAUGUGCCUUCCACAGAGGAAAUUGACAGGAUGGUCAUAGAUCUGGAAAAACAGAUUGAAAAACGAGACAAAUAUAGCCGGAGACGUCCUUAUAAUGAUGAUGCAGAUAUCGACUACAUUAAUGAAAGGAAUGCCAAAUUCAACAAGAAAGCCGAAAGAUUCUAUGGGAAAUACACAGCUGAAAUUAAACAGAAUUUGGAAAGAGGAACAGCUGUCUAAUCCCUUCAAGAACUGUUUAUAGAAGCUUGAGAAUGGGGUAAAAAUUUCUGCUAGCAAAAUCAAGUUCUUUUUGAAAUUUUAUCAGUAAUCCAGAAUUUAGUAGUCUAUGCCUUCUCACUCAGCAUUUAGAAAUAAAAAUGUGGUUUCUUAAACGUAUAUCCUUUCAUGUAUAUUUCCACAUUUUUGUGCUUGGAUAUAAGAUGUAUUUCUUGUAGUGAAGUUGUUUUGUAAUCUACUUUGUAUACAUUCUAAUUAUAUUAUUUUUCUAUGUA